UAUACCCUAAAUUGCCAUAAGCUCCUUGGUAACAGUUUAUGAAAACAAAUAAAACACAACAUACUCAAGCAAGUUUUGAUAAGUUGAUAGGCAAGGUGUUUUAAGUUAUUAAAAUGAAAUAAGCUAUAAAAGUGAUAUUUAAAUCGUGAAAUUUAUUAGCUUUAUAUGUAUUUGUAGAAAACUAGAAUGUCUGACAGAGUAAACGUAGCUAAGCUACCAAAAACUAGUUCAGAAAUUAUUAGUGAAGCGAAAGCAGCUCUGAAUCCAUCCCUUUAUGUAAAGCCACUGUCAACAAAUAGACCAUUCACCCCUCGGGAAAGGGUUUUCUUCUGUCACCGACGAACAAAUCGUCCACCAAGUGCUUUUAAGUUACAACAAGUGCAAUUGCAGGAAAAGAAAAAAACUAGUUGUACAAAACUACCAGCUCUUAAUAGUACAAAAUAUUCUACCGCCAAUAAUUUAGAUUGUAAAAAAGAAAUUAAAAGACAAACACAAAGCAGUUCCCCAAGCACAACACGUCGACGUUCUAAUUCAGAUGUGGCUAACAAUGCAAACAUAUUAUCAAGAAAAAAAAUGUCAUCGUUAUCUUUUCCUCUGUCAAUCGAUACACUACUUAAGAAUCAUUAUGAACAAAAUGUGUAUGAUCAUGAAUAUAUGAGCCAUGAAAAUGAAAUAAACGAAGCGAGAGCACUAUGUUUUGAUAUACACACUGACUGCUUAUGGGUCGUGUCACUAAUUGAAACCAAAAUGAAAAAAAAUUUUGAAACUAGUGAGAUGUGUUCACUUUUAAAUAAGCUAGCAAUGGCUAUAAAACGCGAAAACUUAUCAGUAAUACGUGACGAAAAUAAGAAAGAGACUAUACUGAAAACAGUGUUUAAACUUGUUAACACUUCACCUGAUGACGAACUUACUGUUCAUAUAUUAUUAGUAUUACUUCAGAUGCAAGUGACUGGAAAAUAUUUAGCAACUGUUUGCAAACUUAUAUUUAAAAUAUCUCGUUUAGACAAAAACGAUAAUUUAUUCCUCAAAACCAAUGUAUUAACCCUUUUUGUGGAUAUACUUGGUUUAGCUACUCCACAUGAAGAUUCAGAGUCUUUAAUUUACGGUUAUGGAGCUUUAAAAUUUCUUACUAUGAAUCCAGAUUUAAUGGAACGUGCUAUGAAUAACGGUUGUCUAUCGUUAAUGUUAUUACAUUUAAAAAUGAUAAAUUUAGAAAGAACAGAACGUCAAAUCAUGCCGGAGACCAUCAACCACGUACUAUACCAAUUAACUGGUACCCUUAGAAAUGUAGUCAAUGACAGAAAAUUCUACGUUGAACUUUUAUCUUCGGGUGGUUUGGUGACUAUAUAUCGUGCUUUGGAAUUGUUUUCUGGAGAUAUUGAUGUGGUUACGAACAUUUCCAGAAUUUUAAGUAUUAUGUCCACUGAUGGUAAAUGCUGCGAAGCACUUGUGGAGUGCUGGUCAAAUGUAUCAGUAUUAAUGUCAAUAAUAGAAAAAUACCCGGGACAAGAAGAAAUUGUAGUUCGUAUUACCUAUGCAUUAGGGAACAUACUGACUAAUAAUGAAAACGCUAGACACCAAUUAUACGAAACGCAUUGUUCUAUGGGAACAUUUUUGAAUUUAAUGCAAUUAUACCUGGAAAAAGAUUUAAACAAUAUAUCACGUGACGUUAAAUUCAACAUUGUUGAGGAUGUGCUUAUUAAAGUAAUACGCGUCAUAGUAAAUAUGAGCAUUCAACCAGAAAUCGGUGCUAAGUUAGUAAAGGUGGCAGACGAGUAUCAUCCAGUUCACAAAGUAAAAGAAUGCGAACAGUUUUUAGAUUCUUUAUUGACUAUACUUAGGCGGAAAUCUAUUGAUGAAAACGAAGAGCUUGUACUCGCUGCGUUAGCGGCUUUAAACAAUUUAUCCUAUUAUGCGGACAUGUCAAAGCCGAAUUGUGGCCCUUUUGGAUCUCGUCAGCUAGAUAUAACACAAGCAUUGAGCUUGUUACUUACAACCAGAAAUCGUUUUUGUAAAGUGGAAGUAGCUAGAGUAUUUGGGAACUUAACUAGAUCAGCUACAGUUCGAGAUUACUUAUUGGAGACAAGUGGAUUAUUGGCGGUUACCAAUUGCUUGGAUAGUGGUGACAUAGAAUUAUUGGUCGUAUGUUGCGGUGUAUUGGUUAAUAUGACUUCUGACGAGAACAACAGAGAAGCAUUCAAAAAUUACAAUGGCAUUUCAAAAAUGGUAAACAUUCUUAGGUCGUCGGGUGAACGCAAUUGGACAUUGUCGUCCCUUAUAUGCCAAACUCUGUGGAACGUGUGUUCAGACAGUGACAUUUUUCCGGGCGACCCUAUGGCAGUGCUUGACACGCUGGUCAAACUCACAGACGAAGAACAAUUAUUUGGUGAGCUGUUGUCGUCGAAUGAGGAGAAAGUUGCAGAGUACAAGCAGUGGGAAGAUUUCGCUUCGGUGGCUACGAAUCUCUUAGAGUGGUUAGACGAACUACUAGAAGGAAGAUUUGAUAACGUAGAACAAUAAUUUUGACCGUCCAUAAUUUUCGUCUUAUUUAUCAUUCUUCUUAUAUUCAGAUGUCUGUAGCACAUUGGUGGUUGACAAACUGUGUGAAACCCCAAUAAACCACAUUACGUGUGGCGUCUAAUCAAAACUAAAUUAUUUUAAAUUAUAUAAAACAAUAUUCUAAAUUUAUAUAAUAAUAUAAAUUUAAUAUUUGAGAAUAUUAAAAGUAUAGUCCGGUACAGGUAUUUAAAAUUCAAAUUAAUAUUGAUUAUUAUUUCAUUUAGUAUUAUUUUCUUUUUUUCUUAAGAGCUGGGCGUGUUAUCCGGAAAUGUAUGUUUCAUUUUAUUAAUACACUGCAAAAUAUUUAACGUUCGGUAGUUAUUUUAAAUAUUAGAGUGAAUUGUUAUAUUGUCAAAAUCAAAAUUAAAAGUAAGAAUAUUAUCUGUGUUCUUUCGUUUAUUUUUCACAAUAUUUAAAUGUUUAAGCGAGUUAUGGUCAUUUUGAAAUACUAAUAUUUUAUAUACUCAUUAUAAUUUGAUUAAAAACUAAAAUAUGAUAAGAAUCUAACGACAGAACAUAAACAAUAUUUUUACAUUUAAGUUUAAUUAUACAUUAUAUGAUAUAAAUGGAUAAUAAUAAUUCACUUUAAUAUUUAAAAUAUCAACACAAAAUUUUAACUGCUGAACACAAAUUUGCUAUGUUGUCCAUUUUACAUUUAUAAGACUUCAAAGACAACAUUAUCGGUUGUAAGUCUUCUUGAAAUUGACUUAUUCGUUGAUACUUGCAGAUUUUCUAUACCACCUUGGUACCUAAAACAUUUUUCUUUGAAAAACAUUAGUUACCUACUUAGAUUAUCAAUCAAUAAUCGUUAUACAUUUUAAUAACCCUAUGUCAAUUUAUUAAAUGUACACUAAUGAUUUUGGACAUUUUGGUCUAGUUUUAAUAAGUUACUAAAACCGUUAAAAAUUAGAAAUAGUAAUACUAUAGUAUAUACUAUAUAAUAUGUAUUAUACUAUUAUAUAUAGAAUAUAAUAACCAUUAUUAGUAAAUUUAUAUUAUUGUUUAUUUAAAAUGUAUUAAAAAUAAGUUCGUCGUUCAAUGAUACUUUUAUAAAUAUACUAUUUACUAUUUAUACAAAAUAUAUUUAGUGUAAAUUAAUAAGCUUAUAGUGUAAUAGUGUUCCGUAC